UCUGCACUGUGGUCCAUUCCCAGUCGUGUCUGCGAAGUUGUCUUUGCAGUGAGGGUGGCGGAGCAGCUGCACAUGAAGUUACCCCGAGGCCGGCACUGGGUGUCUGCUGAUGUCCUGUGUGGAUGGGGCGCGUGAGGAGACAGUGACAAGAUCCCGCCCCCUGAAUUGAGCCCCUCGUUGCAGCCAGGAGCCAAUGGCCGAGGACAGAGCCAGACCCGGUGAGCUGGACCAAACGAAAUACGAUGCUGAUGACAGCGUGAAGAUCAUAUGCCUGGGGGACAGCGCUGUGGGCAAGUCCAAGCUUAUGGAGAGGUUUCUCAUGGAUGGAUUUCGGCCGCAGCAGCUGUCUACAUAUGCCCUGACCCUGUACAAGCACAUGGCCACGGUGGAUGGCAAGACUGUCCUUGUGGAUUUCUGGGACACGGCGGGCCAGGAGCGGUUCCAGAGUAUGCACGCCUCCUACUACCACAAAGCCCACGCCUGCAUCAUGGUGUUUGAUGUACAGAGGAAAGUCACGUACAAGAACCUGCACACCUGGUACACGGAGCUUCGGGAGUUCAGGCCAGAGAUCCCUUGCAUCGUGGUGGCCAAUAAAAUCGAUGCAGACAUAAAGGUGACCCAGAAAAGUUUCAACUUCGCCAGGAAGUUCUCCCUACCCCUGUACUUUGUCUCAGCUGCGGAUGGCACCAAUGUCGUGAAGCUAUUCAACGAUGCAAUUCGAUUAGCUGUGUCUUACAAACAGAAUUCCCAGGACUUCAUGGAUGAGGUUUUGCAGGAGCUUGAGAACUUUGACUUGGAGCAGAAGGCGGCGGGUGACCCAGCACCUGACCGAGAGCAGCGUGGUGCCGUCGAGGGCCCAGCCCCCUCCUGAGUCAGAGAAGGAGGCCUCUCUGUGGCCCGCCUAUUGGGGGGGGUGGUUUCAGAAUGCCUCCUGCAAACCCGCCCACCUCGCUCACUUCCCCUACUCGAUGGCCAAUGGUACCUGACCCUUCCACAGUUGUCCCCUUUCCUAUACUCAGGCAGGAAUGGGUCGGCACCAGCAAGCACCCUGGACACGUGGAUGAGAUCCACACCAGACGCUGGGCAGAUUUGGGGGUCAGCAUAAGCCUCCCAGGGACUCACAGCGAAUGGACUCAAGGAACACGCUUUAUGUGUCUCCUAAAUAAAAGGGAGUUUGGUGGC